AUGGCAGCAGCCUAUAAUCCCAACAACCUCACAUCGGAGCAAAUCCAACAGUAUCUCGAUGAGAACAAGUCUUUGAUUAUCAAGAUUCUUGAGAACCAGACCACCGGAAAUGUCAGCGAGCUUGCAGAACAAAAUCUUGCAUACCUGAAUGCUAUUGCUUAUUCUCAACCCCAACAACCCACCACGCGUACUCAGCUUCUGAAUGCGGUUCAGCAGGGUGCACACUAUAUGCAACACCAACAAGCUCAUGCACUGACACCACAGUUAUCAACGGCUGCCCGUUUCCCCAUGUUGUAUGCUCAGCAGCCAAUGUUCGCAACGCCACAACAGCUGCAUAGCCAACUUGGUAUGAUACAUACGGAAGGACGCAUACAUGGUAACUAG